AUGCAUGACCUUUUUUUGGGUAACAUCAGUCGCACAUGCUUGCUUCAGUCAGUGGAAGCCUUGUCGCUUUAAGGCCACAGGAGCCCACGCAGGAUUUUAAUUCUUUGCCAUUCUGUCAGCAGAGAGCCACAAGUGGAACAAAGCUGGAAAGAUCCAGCUGAGGAGGCCAGCAAGUUUCUGCAAGCUGCUGAUGUGCACGGCAAGUGGGUCAGUUUGACAUCAUGAGUGACCGCUUCGACUGCAAAAACUGCAAAGAGUCCCUGUACGGACGCAAGUACAUCCAGGCGGAGGACAACCCUCACUGCAUCCCCUGCUAUGACCGCCUGUAUGCCAACACCUGCCAGGAGUGCAAAGAAAUAAUCAGCCACAAUGCCAAGGAGCUCUUCUACGACAACAGAUACUACCAUGAUCACUGCUUCCGCUGCGUGCGCUGCGAUCGCUCUCUGGCCGACGAGCCCUUCACGAGCCAAGACGACGCGCUGGUGUGUAGCGAGUGCUACGGCAACGAAUUCUCCUCCAAGUGCGUGGUGUGCGACAAGAAAGUCAUGCCUGGAUCAAAGCUGUUGGAGUAUGGUGGCUCCACGUGGCAUGAGCACUGUUUUAUGUGUCACGGAUGCGACAAGCCCAUCGGUGGCGAGGCCUUCAUCCCAGACAAAAACAACUACUACUGCGUACCGUGCUACGAGGGCAGGCUUGCUCCUCGGUGCAGCUGCUGCAAAAAGGCUCUGACUAGAGGAGGGGUGACCUACAGGGACGAGGUGUGGCACAAAGAGUGCUUCCUCUGCACGGGCUGCAAAACUCCUCUGGCCGGGCAACCUUUCACCUCGGAGGGGGAAAAGCCGUACUGUGUCAAGUGCUUCAGUACCCUCUAUGCCAAAAAAUGCGCCGGCUGCAACACUGCCAUCACAGGUUUCGGAGAUGGCAAAUAUGUCUCCUUCGAGGACCGACAGUGGCACCAGCCGUGCUUCAAGUGCUCCCGCUGCUCCGUGUCACUGGUCGGCUCCGGCUUCUUUCCGGACCGUGACCAGAUUCUGUGUACAGACUGCAACAACGACGACUGACCGCCACAAAAACCUCAGCUUUGCACACCAACACUGCAAACGCGCCUCUUCACUUCUCUGUUUUAGUAGUUACAUUUGCGAAAGCUAUAUGGAAACAUUUUAAUCCAUCUGGUUCAUUUACUGGCUUGAAUAUCAGAAAGGAGUCACGAGACUCCUUUGAAAUUCCAACAAAAUUUAAAACACGUCCAUCAUAUUUGUGGAUAUGUGUGUUGCUGAUGUUCGUGAUAGAUAACCAAGUUCAAGCAUUGCAACAAUGGAACACGCUUAUGUCAACAACCCGUCUAAGUCGACCAUCUCAUCAAGUUUUGUUUCGAAAAACUGCUUGCUUAAGUCGACGUCAACAUAUAAUAUUAAGAAACUGAUCCUAUUUAUUUAUUUAUGUUGGCACAAGCAUUCUGCAUGCAAUCAUACGAUCAUCAAAACCGAUUCAUAAAAUGAGCUGCGGUAACAUCUGCAACAACUUGAAACAAUUCCCAAGUUAAGUUUACUCACGGUCCCCCCCGACAUCUCACCACUCAACUCUAUUUGCAAAGCACUGACAUCGAUGAAAAACGUUUCUGUCGCCAUGUGCUGUAAUAAUGUCAACUUCCUCAUUAUCGCUUUUUUCCAAAAAUCUAUUAAUGAAUAAACCAUGCUGUUUCAUACAUUGAAUGCAGCCUUUUAUCAGUAAAACAAUAUGCAUAUUGAAGCAAAUUUUACAUAGUUUUUGCUUAAAUUAAGCAUUUUCAAGCAUAAAAAAGGGUAAUUGUAUGAAAAUACAAAUAUAAGGUAUUCCGAAGACGCGUUCAAAGACGCUGUGAAUGAUAAGUAGUAUUCUACACUGGUCACUAGGUGUCAGUAAUGUUACUGUAAUGUCCGGUGAGACACACAAGCACCCGAUUUGAUCGUCUGAAAAACUGGCGUUUAUUGUACGUUUGAAUCAUCUCACAACAGGCACAAUAAUCCCUAGCAAAAAUCCCUAAUAGAAACACAGGCUAAAGCUAAAACUCAAAUCUGAACCUCCGACGUCACUUCCUGUCCGUCACCCCGGAACGCUGGAACACAUUUACAGCAACACACAAGUCU